GUCGAGCAGUGUUGCCUAUCGUCAUGCCAAGGAGCCAGAAGAGUGGACAGACCCUGGAGCGUCCAGCUUCAUCGUCCUCUCUUUCUUGUACGGCUGUGUUCCCGCCGCUGCCGCCGCUUCCUCCGCCAGACACCAGCAAGUGGACUGAACCAAUGAGAAAGACGUCGUCCUUGCCUCCUGCAUCUGUUUCAAGGAGUGAGCCACGUCCAAGACGCUUUGGGACAAAAAUUACCAAUCUGCUGAGUGCUGGCGAUGGCAGCUUAGCCACGUACACGACUGAUCACAAGUCGCCGGCUCCGAUAGCCUUGGCUACAGCACAGAGAUACUAUCACCAAUCUCAAAACCCUGGGAAGAAGCCCUGCGCUGUUGCGAUCCUGGAAGACGAGAAUUGCGAGAUGAAGCCAGAAUUUCCGCCUAAGGAUGUUUUAAUUGCCUUUUCGGAGUACAUAACUGCGAGUAAGAACGACAUUUGGGUGUCGGCAAAGAGCUCUGAGUCGACUUUACCACGGGAAUGCUCUUUCAAAACGAACGCGAUGCGCACUAUCUGGAGCGUUACUCCCGAUGAGCUUACUGAGCUGACGGAAGAAGUGGCUGCCAUGAAGAAAGACUCAGCUGAAUUUGCAAAGAAGCUGUCAUACGCGGAGGCGAGCAAGCGCAACCUCCCUGGAUCCAUCGCGAUUUCAGCUUCGCAAAAGAUGGAAGCCGUGGAAGAUGAACAAUUAUUACGACCAUUCAAGAAAUACUUCGGACUGCCAAUCGUCCCAUGCUACGAAUCAUCCCUCAGGAAUUUCAUCAACGCUUUGCUAACGUGCACGUCCAAGCUCCCAGACUGA